UUCUAACAACAGAGGGAAGCGUUGUUCGUUUCUAUGACAACAAAUGCAUGGAUGCAGCGUAACAUACAAGUAAAGUUCUGUUGUGUCUAUUUGUGACUUUCUUAACGACGACAGAUGAAAACACCAGACCGAUAAACCCGAUGUUAUGUCGCUAGUUAAGUGAAAAGAUUUGCCGAAUUGGUCUAAGGAUGGUUCUUCUCGUUGCAUCUUUAUUUAUCGUCCACCUGCUGUCUCCAACAACCGCUGAACAGUGUGGAACGGAAUAUUCCAUUUUCGGCAUGAUGUUGAUGAGACACAAUUUUAAGACGAUGAAAACGUCUAGCGCAAUGGAGUGUUUACAUGCUUGUAGGGACGACGUGAGGUGUCAGAGCCUGAACUACGUCAUGGGGGAAGAUAGCUGUGAGUUGAAUGACCGCACCAAUAAGGCCAGACCUGAGCAUUUUGUGCCAGAUUUAUUCCGAUAUUAUCUUACACGAGACAAGAAUAGGGUCCCUCUCGGUUCCAUACCGGAGGUACCUGCGGAGACAUGUAGAGAAAUCAAGUUGAGUGAAGGUCACACAAUCAGUGGCAGCUAUUGGUUGAAUUCGAUUGUUAAUGGCAAAUCCCUACUUGCUCAGUGUGAUAUGGAGACAGAAGACGUUGACGAGUGUAGUGCUGACGUCCAUAUUUGUGGCUCUAAUGCAAACUGCACAAAUACCAACGGCUCUUAUUACUGUUCCUGUCAUUCUGGUUUCACUAGAAGUGGCAAAGAAUGUGUAGAUAUAGAUGAAUGCACAGCUGGUGUUCACACUUGCCUUCGUGGAACAGCCACGUGCAUUAACACUAUUGGUUCGUACAACUGUUCUUGUAACCUUGGUUACGUAGGGGAUGGAAGGACAAGUUGUUAUGUGCAAUCAGCCGAAUGUCAAAAUCCUGCAAGUCUUACAGAAGCUAACAGGAAAGAAACGUUCACCGGAGUUCUUUUAUGCGACAAUUCACUUGGUCCAAAUUGGUUUCGUUUCCAGGGAGCAGCCGGGAAUAAAAUGGCUGCCACAUGUGUUCCAACCAACCGCUGUGGAACGCAUGCAACUGGUUGGUUAAACGGGGUUCAUCCUACAGUGAGCGAGGGUAUAGUCACCAGGCAGGUCUGCUUUAAUUGGUCAGGAGGAUGCUGCGUCUGGUCCAUCAACAUCCAAGUAAGGAAUUGCAAUGGAUAUUUUGUGUAUUACAUCAGUGGUACGCCUUCAGUGCAUCCUUGUCACCUGCGCUACUGUGGUGCUGACUAGAUUGUCAAUGAAAACAAUACGAAGCGCGUUUUUCUUGUGGACGCCGCAAAUUUUCGACUCAUUUCAUCCUCAAGGAUCUUUUUGUGGCUGUGAAAUGAAAGUGGUAUUGGUAGUCAUAGUUCUUAAACUCGCAGAAAAUUUUUUUCCUCGAAGAAAUUAGGAUACGAAAUUUCUUUUACAUUAUUCAACCAGAUUAAGGGGGGAAAAUGUUAAUCAGCCGGCAAAUUGGUGAAUAAAAUGAUCAAAUUUUUAAAUGUAAAUAACGAAUAAGGCGAAGGGUUGCAAACACUUGCCUACGUUUUAAGUAUAUUGAUGUCCGAUAUCAAC